AUGAAAGAUUUUGGACAAAUCAAUCACAAAGAAAUAGUAGAGCUUGUAGUGAUAAUCAUUGGGAUUUAUAUUUCCUACCUUUAUUUUGGAGUCCUACAGGAAGGAAUGUAAAGAUAAUUUAGAUAUACUGACCCUAAACGUGAGAAAUUUAACCAAGCAGAAUUCGUGGUAUUUGUCCAAUGCUUGAUAGGAUUUAUCCUGUCGUUUUCUUGUAUGCUGCUAUUUAGGUAUGAAAUUUGGCAUUACUUUUGGAGAAACGCCAAACCCAAAGCCUUAUAUAGGUGAGAAAGUCGGGAUGUGGCAGCAGUAUAAAUACAAAAUCGUGCAUGCGACUGUUUUUGCACUUUCUAUGAUUUUUUCAAGAUAUAUUAAAAAUUUCUUCUAAAAGUUUAUCAUUACCUAUAUUUCCUAAUAAAAAUUCUAUUAUUUUUCCAUAAUAAAAUAUUUAUUUUCCCCUUAUUUUUAUUUUAAUAAAAAUAUUUUGAUCCAUUUUUUCAAAUAUUUCAAUCACCUACGUCAGCUACCCUACACAAGCCCUUGCAAAAUCCUGUAAAAUUCUUCCAGUGAUGAUGGGUGGAUUUUUUGUGAGUGAAGUAAAAUACGAAAAAAUUCAGUACAUAAGCGUAUCAUUUAUUACCUCAGGAAUUCUUAUGUUUAAUCUAAUGAAAACCACAAGUGGGUCAGCCGAUUCUAUUAUCGGCCUUUUUUGCUUGUUUUUAUCAUUAACUUGUGAUGCAAUUAACGGAUAUUUCACAGAGCAAGUCAGACAUAGAAAUAAGCCUACUUCUCUAGAAAUGAUGAGCUACUGCAACGGCUGGGGUCUCUUAGUGACAGGACUGGUCGUUCUAUUUUUUUCUAACUUAGCCUACGAAACCCCUCUCUUUACGUAUUUAUAUCAAUACCCAGGAAUCCUGUGGGACAUUUUCAAAUUCGGGUUUAUGAGUGCAAUCGGCCAAAUGUUUAUAUUUAGAGGUGUUAAAGUCUUAGGAGCUCUCACAUUAAGUAUAAUUACGACUACUCGCAAAUUUAUGACGGUGAUUCUUUCUAUCAUAUAUUAUAACCAUAGUCUAAAUGGCUACCAAUGGGUUUCUUUACUACUCGUUUUCAGCGGCACUGGGAUGGAUUUUUACCUCAGCUUGACCCGAAAAGAUAAAAAAGUGAAACAAGACAUAGAGCGCCCAUCUAAAGACUAA